AUGGCGUUGGAGUCAGUCUUGGGUCAGGCACUCUCCCGCAACAAGGCGCAUGAGAAGGUGGACUUGUGGAAAGAGCGAGAAAUUCAGGACAGAGGCAGCCGCUGCACCAUUUCGCUGAAGAGCAGAAAAGGUGAUGUCGUGCGGCAAGUCACCAAAGUCCCCGAAGGAGCAGAGGUAACAAGCAAUAUUGUCAACCAAUUCGAAAUCGAACGGGAGGCAAAUGCUGCAAAGAAAGAGGAUGUGCUCUUGGAGAGACUUGCCAAUGGGAAGGAUCCAGCGUGGCGGCCAGACUUUUUCCUCUCAGAGUUGAAAGGCCUCAAAAAGAAGGGAAUUUUGCCCAAAAUGCGCCCACAAGAUUACCUGCGGAUGGACGCUGCCUUUGUUCAAAAGGUGGUUGCGGCCUACAAGGCCAACAAGAAGGCAGAAAAGAAAAAACGCAAAAAGAAAAAGAAAAAGAAAGAGAAGAAAGAGAAGAAGGAAGGCAAGAAAAAGAAGGAAAAGAAGGAAGGCAAAGAGAAGAAGAGGAAAGAGAAGGAUGCCGGCGGGCAGGGGCAACAAGUCAAGAAGGAGCACCAUGAAGUUCAAAAGAGGAGAAGCAAAGUCGUGCUCGAUGACGCUGGUCAGCCUACCUGCAAAGAAGAGCUUGAGAUCGUGGAGGUCAGAAGCAAAGUCACGGUACGCACCAAAAAGCAUGGAAUGGGCGACGAGGUUGCCAUGGCAACAGCCAAGGCUGCCCAUUUGGCUUCAAAGCUCCGAGAACAGGUUGCGGCUGGUGGUCCAGGUUUUCAGGCAUCACCCAGCGGAAGCACUGGCCGUUCCAGAAGCUCCGGUGGUAGCUCAGCAUCGAGUUCCGAAGCGGCAGUCGAGGACGAAAGUGAGGAGGUCAAUGAUGAGGAGAGCAGUGAAUGA